AUGGCUGUUCCUGCUCACGCUCAGGCUUCGCUGCCUGCGCUCCCUGCUCAUCUUCAGGAUGAUACCCAUUUGACAGCACACCUGGCCAGCAGAUUCCACGUCUCGCUGCCCACUGCUCAGUUGUCAUCACACGCCAUCAUCUCCCUCAACACAUACACAUCUUCGGCCAAGGGUCCGGAUGGCUCAAAAGAAGGUAGCGCUAUGGGCGCUGCUGAGGAUCUCGCCUCAAGAGCCUAUACUCGUCUAGGAGCCAGACAAGAGAACCAGGCCGUCGUCUUUCUUGGUGAAACCGGCUCAGGCAAAACAACCCUUCGCUCGCACGUUCUGUCUGCCUUGUUGAACUACACGUCGACGCCACUGUCCAACAAGCUGUCCUACGCUGCUUUUGUCUUUGACACUCUGACAACCACAAAAUCUGUCACCACCCCUACCGCCUCCAAAGCCGGUCUCUUCUUCGAACUGCAAUACGACACAUCCUCAAGCCUUCACCCAACACUCGUUGGUGGAAAACUCCUCGACCACCGUCUCGAGCGCAGCAGAGUCACCACUAUCCCUCCUGGCGAGCGCAAUUUCCACGUCCUCUACUACCUCCUGGCUGGUACCAGUCCACAAGAAAAGGAGCAUCUUGGUCUCGACCAAGCAGGUCCUGCUACUCACAGACACUCGCUCGGUAAUGGUGGUGCAAAGAGAUGGAGAUAUUUGGGACACCCAAGUCAGCUGAAGGUUGGCAUUAACGAUGCCGAAGGAUUCCAACAUUUCAAGACCGCUCUUCGCAAACUUGAGUUUCCUCGCGAUGAGAUUGCUCACAUGUGUGAGAUGCUCGCCUGUAUCCUGCACAUUGGUCAGCUUGAGUUCGUCACAACCCAGUCGACCACACCUUCGGCCGAUGACAGCGGUGGUUACUCGCACGAGGGAGGCGAAGAUGUCACAUCGGUCAAGAACAGAGAAACUCUGCACAUCGUAGCGGCUUUCCUCGGUGUUUCCGAGAGACAACUGGAAGAGAGUCUGGGAUACCGCACAAAGAAACUGCAUCGCGAGCGUGUCACUGUCAUGCUGGAUCCUAAGGGUGCUCGAGAGAAUGCUGAUGAGCUUGCACGCACCUUGUACUCGCUCUUUGUCGCUUACAUCAUGGAGCGCAUCAACCAGAAAAUUUGCUCGGCCGAGGAUGCCAUCGCUAACACCAUCUCAAUUGUGGACUUUCCAGGCUUCGCACAAUCCUCCUCAACAGGCUCUGUGCUCGACCAAUUGCUGAACAAUGCAGCAUCCGAAUCGCUUUACAACUUCUGUCUGCAGAGCUUCUUCGAGCGCAAGGCUGAUCUCCUCGAGACUGAAGAGGUUAGCGUACCUGCAACUAGCUACUUCGACAACACCGAUGCCGUCAAGGGUCUGCUUAAAUCUGGCAAUGGCCUUCUCAGUAUUUUGGAUGAUCAGAUGCGCCGUGGCAAGACGGAUCAGCAGUUCCUCGAGAGCGUCAGAAGACGUUUCGAAGGAAAAAACCCUGCCAUUGAGGCUGGAGCUGCUACUCAAACCCUUCCUGGCAACAACUUUGCUACCCGUAACGCCAACGCUGCAUUCACUGUCAGACAUUACGCAGGUGAGGUUGACUACCCUGUCGAGAACCUCCUUGAAGCCAAUGGCGAGAUUAUCUCGGGUGAUCUCAUGAACCUGAUCAACACGACUUCGAACCAAUUCAUCAGCGAACUUUUCGGUCAGGAAGCUCUGAGCAAGGUCGUCCAUCCCAAAGAUCGUUCGGCUGUCGUGCAAGCCUCGGUUGCCUCGAAGCCUUCGAGAAUGCCUAGCAUGGCUAAGCGCACUGGUGAGCGUCCCGCAAGACUUGGUGCAACGAGGCAAGACAGCGACAACGGCAAGAGAAGUCUUUCUCGCUCUGGCAAGGGUGAGCCUGAACAGCAGCAAGGCGCUGCUGCUCAAUUCUUGUCUUCUCUGGACAACAUUACCAAAUCAUUGUCUGACCCACGCACAAACCCCUACUUUGUAUUCUGUUUGAAGCCCAACGAUCGCAGAAUUGCAAACCAAUUCGACAGCAAAUGUGUCCGUACUCAGAUGCAGACUCUCGGUAUCGCUGAGAUUAGUCAACGUCUGCGUAAUGCUGACUUCAGUGUCUUCAUGCCAUUUAGUGAAUUCUUGGGUGUUGCUGAAGGCGAUGUUUCUGUUGUGGGCACCGACAAGGAGAAGGCAGAGAUGAUCCUGGAUGAGAAGAUCUGGCCAGGCAACGAAGCAAGAGUCGGCAGCACUGGUGUCUUCCUUAGUGAACGUUGCUGGCGCCAGAUCGCACGAGUCAGUGAUGUUGAUGCAGGUCCUAUUGGGAUGCACGACCACUCACCUUAUGGAGAACAAGAGGGUAUGUUGUCUCCAGACCACGCACGCAACGGCCGCAAUGAUUCGAACCUCAACCUCCUCGGUGGUGUCACUCCCUCGCCUGGAGCUUUUUACCACGACGACAAGGUAGCAGGUUACUUUGGAAGCCGCGACCUCGAUGCCAAGUCGGAAGCUGGUGCUUCAGCCUUCCACGGAGGUGACAUGUUCCAGAAUCUUGAGACUCGCUCGCAGCUUGCAGAAAAGGGCAACGAGGCCAAGGUAGCAGCAAUCGACGAGGUCCCUGUCACAGGUGCUCGCAAGAGAUGGCUGUUCCUUGUCUACCUCUUCACUUGGUGGAUCCCUGAUGUGUUUGUUCGCAUCAUCGGUCGCAUGCCUCGUCCUGACAUCCGUAUGGCCUGGAGAGAAAAGGUGGCCAUCAACUUCAUGAUUUGGCUUGCUUGUGGCAGUUUCUUGUUCCUCAUGAUCGGUUUCCCUGCGCUCAUUUGUCCUACUCAACACGUUUACUCGGCUGCUGAGCUGCAAUCGCAUAAUGGUAAGAAUGGCCACUCCUCCUACAUUGCGAUUCGUGGUGUUGUCUUCGACCUUGGAAACUUUGAGUCGAUCCACUACCCUAACAUUGUCCCUACAUCGGCUCUGGAGAAGUACGCUGGCACUGAUGCGACCAACCUCUUCCCUGUCCAAGUAUCUGCUCUCUGCCCUGGUACGGAUGAGAACGGUAUCAACCCUGCUGUCCAGCUCAACUACAAGAGUACCAACUACUCUGGUCAAGCCUCAGCUGUCAGCGGUACUGAUGCUAACGCUGUGUACCAUGACUUCCGCUGGGCCACCAACGACUCUCGUCCAGACUGGUUCGCUCAGCAGAUGAAGUUCUUGAAUCAGAACUACAGAAAGGGCACUGUCGGCUAUACCGCAGGUUACGUCAAGAAGCAGGGCAAGAAGCAACAGUCCAUCGCUAUCCUCAACGGAAAGAUCUACGAUUUCACUGAUUACAUUGUCGGUGGUCGUGCUCCCAAGUACCCUCCCGGAUACGACAUUCCUGAUACCCCACCCAACUCAAACUUCAUGGACCAGCGCGUGGUCAAUCUCUGGCAGCAACAUGCUGGUCAAGAUGUGACUGAUGAAUGGAACAACCUUGGCAUGACCCUCGACCUGAAGAAUCGCAUGCAAAUCUGCCUCGACAACCUCUUCUACGUAGCCGAUGUUGACACCAGAAACUCGACCAAGUGCCAGUUCGCCACCUACCUUCUGCUUGGAAUUUCGAUGUUCUUGAUUGCGGUCAUCGGUGUGAAAUUCCUCGCUGCCCUUCAAUUCGGCGGUAAGAAUGUUCCGGAGAACCUUGACAAGUUCAUCAUUUGUACUGUGCCAGCAUACACGGAAGACGAAGAUUCGUUGCGACGUGCCAUUGAUUCAGCCGCCAGAAUGAAGUACGACGACAAGCGCAAACUUCUGCUCAUUGUCUGCGACGGUAUGAUCAUUGGUCAAGGCAACGAUCGUCCUACUCCUCGCAUUGUCCUCGAUAUUCUUGGUGUUCCCGAAACUGUUGACCCAGAGCCAUUGAGUUUCGAGAGUUUGGGCGAGGGUCAGAAGCAGCAUAACAUGGGCAAAAUCUACUCUGGUCUUUACGAAGUACAAGGCCACAUCGUCCCCUUCAUGGUUGUCGUCAAGAUUGGCAGACCUGCUGAAGUUGGAAGACCUGGUAACCGUGGUAAGCGUGAUUCUCAGAUGGUUUUGAUGAGAUUCUUGAACAGAAUUCACUACAACCUGCCAAUGGCACCCAUGGAGCUCGAGAUGUACCACCACAUUCGAAACAUUAUCGGUGUCAACCCAACAUUCUACGAGUUCUUGCUGCAAAUCGAUGCAGAUACUGUCGUUGCUGCUGAUUCGGCCACACGAUUCGUCGCCUCGUUCCUCCACGAUACACGCCUCAUCGGUGUUUGUGGUGAGACCGCCCUGACUAAUGCCAAAUCCUCUAUCGUUACUAUGAUGCAAGUGUACGAAUACUACAUCUCGCACAACUUGAUCAAAGCAUUCGAAUCGCUCUUCGGCUCGGUCACUUGUUUGCCUGGUUGUUUCUCGAUGUAUCGCAUUCGCGAUGCGGCGUCUGGCAAGCCACUCUUCGUUUCGAAAGAAGUUGUUGAGAUGUACGCCGAGAUUCGUGUUGACACCCUUCAUACCAAGAACUUGCUGCACCUGGGAGAAGACAGAUACCUCACGACUCUCUUGAUGAAGUGGCAUCCCGCUUACAAGACCAAGUUCAUAAUGCGUGCUAAAGCCUGGACUAUUGCUCCCGACAGCUGGACCGUCUUCAUGUCGCAACGUCGUCGUUGGAUCAACUCCACUGUACACAAUCUUGUCGAGCUUACCUCAUUGUCUCAGCUUUGCGGAUUCUGCUGUUUCAGCAUGCGUUUCAUCGUCUUCCUCGACUUGCUCUCGACCAUCAUUCAACCUGUCUUGGUCGGAUAUUUGGUGUACAUCUUCGUUCGCAUUGGACAGGACCCUGGCGGUGUUUCGACCAUUGCCAUUAUCAUGUUGGUGGCUGUUUAUGGUAUGCAAGCACUGGUCUUCAUUAUCCGUCGCAAGUGGGAGAUGGUUGGAUGGAUGAUCAUCUACCUGAUUGCUACGCCGGUCUUCUCAAUGGCGCUUCCUCUAUACUCUUUCUGGCACAUGGACGACUUCUCGUGGGGUAACACUCGUGUCGUCACUGGUGAAAAGGGCAAGCAAGUCGUUGUGUCGGACGAGGGCAAGUUUGACCCAGCCAGCAUUCCGAAGAAGAGAUGGGAGGACUACCAGGCCGAGCUUUGGGAAGCGCAGACUUCGCGUGACGAUGAUGCUCGUUCUGCAAUUUCCGGCGUUACCGGCAUAUCGUAUGCGACCAAGUCAGCCUACCCUGGCAUGGGAGGCUCUGUCUACGACUACCCACCUUCGCGACCCAUGUCAACUUUGGGUGUGCCACAGGGUCCCUUCGGCAACCAGUCACGUAUCAGCCUUGCUCCAAGCGAGAUGCCUCUCAUGGCUGAGAUGCCUCUUCCCAGCGACGACGCUAUCCUUGCCGAGAUUCGCGAUAUCCUGACCAAGACUGACCUCAUGACUAUCACGAAGAAGAGCGUGAAGUCAGAAUUGGAGAGGCGUUUCGGUGUGCCGCUGGAUGCCAAGAGAGCAUACAUUGGCUCCGCCACGGAAGCCAUUCUUAGUGGACAGUUGUAA